UUUUCAUCUUGAAAUAACUUUCUAUCCAUUUUUACCAUUCUACGUUCAAAGAUUUUAGUUCACUAACUAAAAAGACUAGGGUUUUCACAACAAAUAUGGGAGACAAGAACGAAGGAGAUCAUGAGUUUAUGCUGCCGGGAUUUAGGUUUCAUCCGACCGACGAAGAGCUCGUGAGCUUCUACUUGAAGCGGAAAGUUCAGCAACGUCCUCUCUCAGUAGAGCUCAUCAGACAAUUAGAUAUCUACAAAUACGACCCAUGGGAUCUUCCAAAGUUUGCGACGACGGGCGAGAAGGAGUGGUAUUUCUACUGCCAGAGGGACAGGAAGUACAGAAACAGUACGAGGCCGAACAGAGUGACCGAUGCCGGAUUCUGGAAAGCCACCGGAACUGACCGUCCGAUUUACUCUUCCGACGGAAACAAAUGCAUCGGUCUGAAGAAAUCUCUAGUGUUUUACAGAGGAAGAGCAGCAAAAGGCGUUAAGACCGAUUGGAUGAUGCAUGAGUUCCGCUUGCCUUCUCUCUCCGACCCUUCCGCCGCAUCUCCCAAGAGGUUCUUCCACAACGCUGAUUCAUGGGCUAUAUGCAGAAUAUUCAAGAAGACAAAUCCGACGGCUCUAAGAGCUCUCUCUCAGUCGUUCGUUUCCUCAUUACCACCAGAAACAGCCCGCGACACACGAAACAGAAACCCAUCAAACUCAACUCAAUCUUAUCCAGACAAGAUCCUCAAAGCAACUUCUUAUAACCAGUUUCGCCAUGAAAAUACCGAUACCGCCCAUCAGAAACCAUAUUCUGAUGAUACGAACGCCACCAACAAUAGUGCUAAUCCCUUUUCUUACUUGGAUUUCACUUCAUACAACCAGCCCUCGAAUGUUACCAACUCUCUUCCGUUUCCUGACCAGCAAGAUCUAAAAAGCCUGUUACUUGCUCCACAAGAAACGCAGUUGCAGUUUCCAAAGUUCACCUGGAACGACAUCUCGUCGUUCCUGUUGAACACUUCAUCAGAUUCUUCGGUUUUUGAAGGAUUCUCAAAUCAAAUAGAUCCAAGCAUCAACUUUGGCGAAGUCAUGGCACAUGACCAGUGCCCCCCUCUGGUAAGCUUACCACAAGAAUACCAAAAGAAUGGGUUUGAAGAAAAUGUCCACAUGAAGAACACAAGAGGUGUCGAUGGAGAUGGUUGUCAGUAUCAGACGCUUGGGCAUAUGGGAUUUACCUUAGGGGACUUCACUGAGAGUGUUACAGACGAAGAUCAUCAAGGACUGAAGCAGAGGAUGCUUCUGGACUGUUCUUAUCCUCUGCUGUCUUCUUCGAUUAGUGGGGAGUUGCCUUCUUGUUUCUCCAUAACCAAAUGCUUUACCUGAAGGAUCGGUUGUUCAGAGAUCUCUUUUUCAAAGGGCUCUGUGGCCUGUUUUUUUUUUAGAUUAUGUCUUUUUAAGUUCAGCAACCCAGUGGUUUUUGUUUUCUUGUAGGGUGUUUAGAUAAUGUCUUUAAUUUAGCAG